UCCAUCAUGGCGGCCUCCAGUACCGUAGUUGUCAAUGUCAGUGGAUGCGUAUGGAGUUCGCUAUUUCUUGAUCAUGCCAGUAGCAUUGGUGACCAGGAAGGUUUUCUGUUUGGGGAGAUUGUGCGUAAAACAAACACUGACAUCAGCGACUCACAGAUUACCAGAAAGAUUGAAAAUAUAUCAAUCAAUGUUUAUUCCCACUUUGCUUGUUCUGAGCCUCACAGUUUCUAUGACAGGAAAGGGCACGCAGAUAAAGUCAAGUUGUUAUCGAUGCUGAAAGACAAUUACAAGCAUAUGGUAGGCUGGUAUCGCUUCAGACGGAACACCCCGUUAGAACCGUCCAUGCGGGAAUCUACUUUACACAAAACGCUUCUCAAGACGAUCAACACAGACACCCCUCACCUCUUCCUACUUGGUCUCUUCACAUCAGGGUUAUCAUGGAACCAGUCUACACAUUCCUUCAACUACCAACUGCUGACAAAAGGGGACAGGGGGUUUCAGUGUGUAGCAGUUAAGAUCAUCAACCUGGGAGAAACGAGUCACUCUGAGUAUAAAGAGACGACAAGAACAAGUAAUGCAGCCAAGGGAAGAGGAAUCUACACUAGCAUCCUCAAUAACUUCAGGGGCCGACUAGUUGACGUUGAAGGCAGUCUUCAAGGUGUUCAUGUCAUCCAAGACGUUAAUGAAACUGUGUACUCCAAAAUGCAGAAAUUAAAGAACGAGAUCGGACAAAGUGAGCAAAUGCUGCAAACAGAAAUGGAGGAGGUUCGGGAUCUACAACGGCAGAAAAGAGAACGAGAGAAGAGGGAGGUACACAACAAGAUGGAACAGCAUGCAAGGCUUGCCGCUGCAAACACAGUUCUUCCUGAUGCAGAAGACUUCGCUGACAUUCCAGCACUACCAAAGGCUAUUAUUCACCACCCUAAGCCGCCCGAUGAUUCAGCAGCCUCAGUUCUUGUACCAUUAGCAGCAUCCGUCAAUGUCUCAACGACCAGUAAAGCUCAAACGAAAACAACCCACUGCCAAGCCAGCUGCCUCCCUGUUGCUGAAUCCCACCCCCCUGCCCAACGCCUCCCUGUCGCUGACCGAGUAAAGACCACAACGCCCAGUACCUCAGGUCAAACACAGGCUGAGGCACCAAAAGUUAAAGUUGUAUCGCCCGGGGAAACAGUUAGUAAAGAUCCGUUUGCUGGACUUUUGAAGGACAUGAAACGAUCCAUACAGAAAACAACGAGUCUCGGGGAAGAGCUGAGGCCUGUUGAGGGUCCCCGCUCAACGAGGGCGCACUCUUGGGAUAAAACCAGGACCGAGGUCGACCCAAGGGGUACCCCGACCAAAAAUAGGGGUUGGAACUCAAUGGAAUUAAGUGGCUCGUCCCCGUCGAGGGGAAGUACACCAUCAGAGGAUGAUUCCAGCUCCCCUCAAGUCUUACCCUCUUCCUCUCCUACAUUCUGAGUGGCAAGGAAGCGCCCUCUAUGUGCUAAAAUACGCAGUUGCUGCCUCGCAAGGGAUGGAUGUUUUGCUGAAAGAUACGUCAUGGACAAAAUUAAGUACCGAGUGGAAAACGAGUAAAUCUCUGUCAUUGCAACAACAGAUAAAAAGGUAUCUCGGCAACGAUGUAUUGUUGUGUACAUCCCAUUGAAAAAGAGUCCGGAGAACGCUGAGCUCGGCCGCCCGCUGUGUCGUCUGUGGACGCGGCGUAUGGUUACUGCACAGUAUGCGUGUAUACAAAAAAUGAGCAUCACACGACACGGGUGUAUGGCAAAAUUGUAAGAUGGCAGCGCACGUGAACCGUUUCUACUGUUUUCAUUGGUCAAUCUACUGUAUUGCAAGAAUAUUUUUGCCAUACACAAGGCAUACACGUGUCCAUACAAAUGGUCUCACAACAAAACCACACGCAGAAUGAGACACUCAGCGUUCUCCGGGUUGUAACUUCUAUGGUACAUCCUAAAUGUAUUGCAAGGUAUGCUGUUGUGUAGCUUGAAAUAAUACUUGUCUUGAAAAGUCUAAUGUAAAAGUCACUACUGUAAAAGACACAACAAUAGAUCCUUUUUGGGAGAAUGCCUGCUCUUGGGUGAACUGUUAUUGCAAACCAAGCCAAGUUUCAUGAAGCUGCUUACCACUGAUUUAUGUGCUUACCAUGCACUGCAAAGCAUUUGAUUCUAUGGUGCUAAGCGCAGAGUUCUGCAGUAAGCAGUGCCGUGAAAUUGGGCACAGUUUAUUAACAUUGUGUCAAUCGAGAUAUUGUUUGAGAUUUGGGAACAUACAAAGAACACUUCACAAAUUUAUUAUUUAAAGACACUGGACACUUUUGGUAGUUGUCAAAGACUAGUCCUCACAGUUGAUUAUCUCA